GCGCAGCAGCCAGAGCGAGUGGGGACAAGCUCGCUGCACACCGGGUAUCUCGACAGGGACCCGAGGCUGCAGGACUGCUCCGAGACGCUGCUGUGGCCGCGCCGCCGCCGGAGGACGCGGAGGACUCGCGGGCCACCCGCCCUCCGUGCGCUCCGUCACCAGGCACUGAGCAGAGACCCCGGGCUGCGGCUGCACUCGCCGGGUACAUCUCACCCCCGCCACAGCCCCAAGGCGCCCGGUACCUGGAGCUCACUGGAGCUGGGGGUCCGAGCUGAGAGGGCUGCUUGCUGUAAAGCCGCAAGACGACUCAGUGAUUGGGACUGGGACCUCUGUCCUACUGGAGACGGCGAGAAGAGGCGCCGGCACAGAACUGUCCAGCUCCGAGUGCUGGGGUCCGCCGGCCCGCGGGGAAGGCAGCUGAGCGCGGAGGCGAGUGAGCCGACACGUCGCGGGGUCUCUGCAGCCCCUGCUGGUCCCAAGGCACCGACUCCCGGUCAGUUCUGCGCGGCGGGGCGGGAGGGGCGCGCCAUGGAUGCGCCGGGUCGCGCCACUCUGCUGGAGGAGAAGUGAGGCGAUCCGGCUGGGGUCGGUGGGACCCGCAGGCCAUGUACGGCGACCUAUUCAACGCCACGGGUGGUCCCGAGGCGGCAGUAGGCAGCGCGCUGGCGCCAGGAGCCACGGUCAAGGCAGAAGGUGCUUUGCCACUGGAGCUGGCCACUGCGCGCGGUAUGCGGGACGGUGCCGCCACAAAGCCCGACCUGCCCACCUACCUGCUGCUUUUCUUCCUGCUGCUGCUCUCGGUGGCGCUCGUCGUCCUAUUCAUCGGUUGCCAGCUGCGCCAUUCGGCCUUCGCAGCUCUGCCCCACGACCGCUCGCUGCGCGACGCUCGCGCGCCCUGGAAGACGCGGCCGGUGUAGUGUGGGACUGAGCUAUCGCCGCCGCCUGGAGGUCUGUCCUGACCACGCCAAGACAGCCAGCUUGAGCCGGGUUGGGAGGGCAUGACUCCGGGGGUCGCUGGCCCAUGGGAACACCGCGCCCUGACCCAAAGACCAUUCCUGAACUAGAGUGGCAACCCGGGGGAAAGGGAGACCGAGGGGUCGGGAGGCUGUGUAGGGUCUCAAUUCCAGUACCUUGUAGGUACCGUCGUUCUGAUCCCCUGGCCUAAUCCCCUUCCUGACAGAGCGACCAGUCGGAAAACCUUCCUGAAAGACUGCGCGCCAGCCCCAGCGCAGGAGGCUUGCUCACCUUAUCCUGACCUCUUUACUUGGCACACGGAAGAGACAGGACCCAUGAGCGUGCAACUAGCCUGGAGUUGCACGCCUCUCUUGCUCCUUGACACCGAGAAGGACCCCACUAGGAUCCAAGUGGGAACUCACCUGAACUUUGGGAGGUUGGCGGUCGGGGGCCGCGUCCCCCAGGGGAAAUGACAGGACAAGGGGUUUCAGUGGAUCCUGCCCAGGUCUAAGGACCCAGUUCCUUAUUUGCACACGGGCAGUGGGAGGUCGGAGGAGAGGCGCAGGGUCCCACCGCUGUCGGGGAUACAGGUCUUACAUCUUUAUGGGCCGCAUUUCUUUAAUAAAAACUUACCCAAUUAGACC